CCGCCGCCGCCGCCGCUGCCGCCGCCGCUGCCGCCGCCGCCACGGGUGCCUCUGCUGCUACUGCAGCCCGAGCAUCCGGGAGCCGUCGCCGUCGCCGCCGCAACCGCUGCUUCUACCGCUGCCACCUCCCCUCCCAGGACCCCAAAACACCCUGAGCGCGAGCGGCGGCUGCUGCUUGCUUGCUCCCCUUCUGCCCCCGCCCCUCCCUUCCGUGACCUACCCACUCCUUGCAGCCCUCGCCCGCACCUUCUCCAACACCCCGGCAUCCCUGCACCACCUGCUCGGGCAGCCCCGGCGGGCUCUGGGACUUGCUGUGAGCGCCGAAAGGAAGGCAGGCUCCGAACCCGUGCCUGGCUGACGGGCUGUCGCGGCUGCACCACCAGCCGGAGGAGGAGAAGAAACUAUUUCGCCCACCGAAACCCCAUUCUGCGGGUGCUUCGCAGCUGCCGCUUCUGCUGCCUCCAAUCCAGUCCGAGGGUUCGAUCACCGCAGCGGCGGGGACCGUGCGUCCAGCAGGCGCCGGGAGGACACCGGCGGAUCCCUGCACUCUGGUGUCCCACUCACCAGCAUCUCCUUGCCCCCUCGUUCGUUCCCUAACCCAUUAGAGAAGGGACCAUGAUUUGGAAACGCAGCGCCGUUCUCCGCUUCUACAGUGUCUGCGGGCUCCUGCUACAAGCGGCUGCUUCAAAGAGUAAAGUUAAAGGCAGCCAAGGGCAGUUUCCACUAACACAGAAUGUAACGGUUGUUGAAGGUGGAACUGCGAUUUUGACCUGCAGGGUUGAUCAAAAUGAUAACACCUCCCUCCAGUGGUCAAAUCCAGCUCAACAGACUCUGUACUUUGAUGACAAGAAAGCUUUAAGGGACAACAGGAUUGAGCUGGUUCGAGCUUCCUGGCAUGAACUGAGUAUCAGCGUUAGUGAUGUGUCUCUCUCCGAUGAAGGGCAGUACACCUGUUCCUUAUUUACAAUGCCUGUCAAAACUUCCAAGGCCUAUCUCACUGUUCUGGGUGUUCCUGAGAAGCCUCAAAUUAGCGGAUUUUCAUCACCAGUCAUGGAGGGAGACCUGAUGCAGCUGACUUGUAAAACCUCUGGUAGUAAACCUGCAGCUGAUAUAAGAUGGUUCAAAAAUGACAAAGAGAUCAAAGAUGUAAAAUAUUUAAAAGAAGAGGAUGCAAAUCGCAAGACAUUCACUGUCAGCAGCACACUGGAUUUCCGAGUGGACCGGAGCGACGAUGGCGUGGCUGUGAUCUGCAGAGUAGACCAUGAGUCCCUCAAUGCCACCCCUCAGGUGGCCAUGCAGGUGCUAGAAAUACACUAUACACCUUCAGUUAAGAUUAUACCAUCCACUCCUUUUCCACAAGAAGGACAGCCAUUAAUUUUGACUUGUGAAUCCAAAGGAAAACCACUGCCAGAACCCGUUUUGUGGACGAAGGACGGCGGAGAAUUGCCGGAUCCUGACCGGAUGGUUGUCAGUGGUAGGGAGUUAAACAUUCUUUUCCUGAACAAAACGGAUAAUGGCACAUAUCGAUGUGAAGCCACGAACACCAUCGGCCAAAGCAGUGCAGAGUAUGUUCUCAUUGUACACGAUGUUCCCAACACUUUGCUUUCCACUACUAUCAUCCCCUCCCUUACCACUGCAACAGUCACAACCACUGUAGCCAUAACAACCAGCCCAACCACAUCUGCAACAACCAGCAGCAUAAGAGAUCCCAAUGCUCUGGCUGGCCAGACUGGCCCUGAUCAUGCUCUUAUAGGAGGAAUAGUGGCCGUAGUUGUAUUUGUGACGCUGUGUUCUAUAUUUCUGCUUGGUCGAUAUCUGGCAAGACAUAAAGGAACAUACUUAACAAAUGAAGCUAAAGGGGCUGAAGAUGCACCGGAUGCUGACACAGCCAUUAUCAAUGCUGAAGGCAGCCAAGUCAAUGCUGAAGAGAAAAAAGAGUAUUUCAUUUAAAAUGCAGGCCAAGAUUAUGAGUUUUCUUUACCAGGCUGGCUGCUGGAGAAAACUGGCUAUCAUCUUUCAGAAUUCAUUUCUACCAUCUUCUGCUACCUUUAUUAACUUCCAUACCGUACUGCUAUCAGUAGCCAGUGUAUACCAACAAUCAGCUGUUGAAAGCAUCAUUCUUUAAUUACUGUACCAUCCAUAAUGCAGGACAUUUCUUACUGCCUAAAUUCCACACCAUUGCUCUUUUAACAUACAGUGCUUGAAUAUACAGCCUUAACAAUGUUAAUCAUCUCCUUGGAUCAUGGUAUUGAAUUGUUUUUAUACGUUGAAAAAAAGUAUGCAAAGGUGUUUUUGUUUUUGUUUUUGUUUUUUGCCCUCAUUUUUUUCCCUUUAAAUCAUAAAUUUUGUCAGUGUACCACUGGACAGUUUUCACAAGGAACAGGAUUAGGUAAAGACCUAAUACAGCUAAGUUUAAUCAGAAAUUAGAGGUUUACAACAAUGUUUUCUACAUGUCUGCCUUCAAAGACAUGUUUGGAAACAUACGCCCUAGAAAACACAACUGAAAAUACUGUAGAAUAUAUUCUGGAAUGUUUGAGAUAAUACUGGUGAAGCUGUAUCAAUUUGCUAUUUAAAAAUAUAGUAUUUGAUACAGGAGCCAUGUGUGUAUGCAUUGCAAUCAUGACAUGACAUCUUAUAUAAUUAUAUAGAUCUGACCAUUUGGUUAUUUUAGUUUCAUUUACCAAAACAUUUUUAUAAACAUUUUACUGCUUCAGGAAUCACAAAGAUUUCAUUCAUUUCUCUAAUUUGAUUCUAUAAUUUAUUUGCUCCAUAAAGACCCACCUGCCUAAACAAAAUUGAAGUAUCCAUAGGGCACAAUUUUGAGACAUUUAGUAUCUGUAUAUAGUGCAUAUAAUAAAUCCAAUUAAACAUUAUUUGAUACAUAUUUAACUUUUUUGGCUGUAGGUAAUUCAGUCAUAAGUAAGCAUUUUCUAAUGUCCAUUAUAUCCCUUUAGAUAUUACUUAAACCAAUAUUAUAAGUAGAUAACAUGUAUUAGUAUUUUUGUCUGUAUGUCCUAGCACUGUUCAACAACAAAUUUUUCUAGUUCUUGUUAAUUUUUAUUUGUUAUACAAUGGAAGCACAAUGUUAUAAGGAAAGGUAAUUUUAAGCUAACAACCAGUGCACAGCCUCAGGUUUUAAAUUACAACCACAGUUGAAUAAUAACCUAAAAGUAAACUCUUAGUUUGCUAAAAAUUUACAAAUUUUAAUUUGGCAGUUCCAGAGCUGCUUACCUAUGUUGGUUUGCCAAAAAGAAGUGUUUAAGACAUGUUUUCUGUAUAAAUGAACUAAUUCUUUAUAUUAAAUUCCUGUCUAUGCAUUUUGUGAGGUACAAACUUAUGAACAGUUAGUGAUGGAGAAUUUCUGCCAUGCUUUUAACUCCAAGGUGAAAGUCUCUUUCUCUGGAUUAUUUCUGAAAUUUUGGUGUAUUUAACAUUAAGAAAUGCUGUAUUCUUAAAUAUGACAGAGUCAAUCUAAAGUCAUAUUAUUUCUUCUAGUAAAAUACAAUACUGCUAGAUUAGUUCUCAUUAAAUUUAUUAUAUGCUAAAAAUUAAAAAUCCAGUUAGAUAAAAAUUAUUUUCCCAUUCACAAGCAUUGCACCU